AUGCCUUCGAAAUACCAAUCAGAUUUUUUACAAUUAGCCUUGGACUCUCAGGCUUUGAAAUUUGGCAAAUUCACUCUCAAGUCUAAGCGUGAAUCACCAUAUUUUUUCAACUUGGGUUUAUUCAGCACUGGACGCUUGUUAUCAAAUUUGGCAACUGCAUACGCCGAAGCCAUUAUUGAAAGUAAAUUAAAAUUCGAUAUCUUAUUUGGCCCAGCUUAUAAAGGUAUACCGUUGGCAGCAAUCACUGUUGCAAAAUUAGCAGAAUUGGAUCCUAACAACUAUGGCGAUAUCGGUUAUUCCUUUAAUAGGAAAGAGAAGAAAGACCAUGGUGAAGGAGGUUCAAUUGUUGGAUGUCCAUUAGCUGACAAAAAGAUUUUAAUCAUCGAUGAUGUUAUUACCGCUGGUACCGCCAUAAAUGAAGCUUUUGAAAUUAUUGCACAAGAAAAGGGGCAAUGUGUAGGGUGCAUUAUUGCAUUGGACAGACAAGAGACAACGGUGACAGACACUACAAAAUCAGCCACUCAAGCUGUCAGUGAAAAAUACAAUAUCCCUGUGUUGUCUAUUGUUAGUUUGACUGAAGUAAUUACCAUUUUAAAUGGCAAGAUAAGCAAUGCAGAUUUGAAAUCUAUUGAAGAGUACAGAAGUAAAUACGGUGCUUAA